GAAAUGCAAUGUGACGGUAGCUACGGCGAUGUUUUGAUAUGAACGAAAGAUUGUUCUACGAGAAAAAAAGAGCGAAGUUAUGAUGUGUCUUGUUCAGAGAGGAUGACUUGCAUCUUAGAUGACGAUGAAGUAGACAUUGAAGCUGAAAUUCAGCGAGAACUCGACGCCCUUGAAGAUGACAGUUUGCAUAUCGAAGAUGUUGAAGAUGAGACAUCAACUUUGGAAACAGACGAGGUAAUUUACAGUUUUAAUUUGUGUCAAAACUGAACAGGUUAAUGAGUUAACUUGAUCGUAAUUUCAUUAUUAGAUUUAUAUUCGAGAUUUUUGCCUUUCCAGUUCACUGCAAAUAAAUACACUGCAGAUACGGUUAUGCUCAGCAAGCAAAGGAAAUAGAAGUUUUGGUAAACACAGGGAUCACAUUCAUUAUUGCGGAGCUGAAUUAUGCAUGAUUAGAUAAACGAGUUUAAUCUAACCAUAUUGUUUCUUAUUGUGCGAGUUUAAGUCGCUUAUGCAGGUGGGUUUGAAUAGAAAAAAGGUUUUUAACGCUGUAAAUUGAAUUCAGUUCGUUAGGUACUUAAAAACUGGAACUGCUCACUAGAGUGUGUUUUAUGAUAAGCUGAUGAAUCAAACCCGCACUAAGAUUGGUUCUUACCUUUGAUUUUUUGGAGGACAGACACAGAUGACUUCACCAUUGAAAAAUUUUUGUUUUGUUGUUACAUAAAACAAAUAUAUUCUAUGCUGCCGAGUGUCUGGUAAACAAUAGACUGCAGAUGAUGUAAAAAUGACUAUAUCUGUGAUCUGUUACUAAUCAGAUGGUUGAAAACAUGGGAAAUAUUAGUUAAUUAGCUAACAUAACUCUUAAACUCCUGUGAGAGACCAAGACAGAAUUUCUCCUUGUAAUACCAAUGUACUAUCAAGCAGAAAAGAAUAAAGAAAAAAAUAUCAAUUAGAAGAGUAUUAGUUGAUCAAAUACCAAAUUCUUCAAACCAACAUAGUAAGAAUUAUAUGGCAGACAGUUAAGAGAACUACUGAGAGCUUUGGAGUGAAACAUUUGAGUAUUGAUUCAUAUGUUUCCCUCUUGAUUUUAGUCUCAAGGGGAAAACUUUCCAGACUCUAUCCAGGAAUAUCUGCUACUUCUUCAGUCACGGACACAGAAUGCUGAAGAAGAAGUGAAGGAAUGUGAGAUAAUCUUGGAGAAGUUACCUCUUGGUAUGUUAGAAUAUGAUGUUGUCUGUAAGCUGUUGCUUAAAUGAGAUAUUUUAACAGAUUCUUGUAACUUAUUAAAUUUGGUCAAGUGUGUUUGUUGUUGAUCUUAACAAACUUUCAGAGUUUUUAUUCUGAGAACCCUCGCAUUCAGUAGAGGGUGAUUUUUACACAGGAUGAAGCUGAUGUAAAGGGGCUAGACAUCAAUGAAAUCUUGUCACAUUGUUGUAUUUGAUGUGACUAUAGGUAUGUGCACAUACAUUGUGUAAAUGUUUCUCCACAGGGAGUUCAGUGAAAGAAGAUGAAGCUUUGCUCUCGCAGAGAAUAAAGGAAGAACUUGGUGAUGAUUAUUCUGAAAAUCCUCUUGUCAUUAGAGAUAGGGUGAGCUGAUUGAUUCUACAUGUAUUAACCAGAGAAAUUUGAAAGGUUCUUAAAUAUGUAUAGGCAAGUCUUGCAAUUUUUGUUUGGUAUUGCACAUCUUCUCCUUGAUCCUGAAUAUGCUUUUGGUACAUCUAUAUGUAAGUAAGCAGCCAUAUUGUUACUGCACCAUUGCUCCUUUAACCCUCUAGCUCCCAUGCAUGACCGAGACAGAAUUUCUCCUUACAAUAUCAAUACAAUUUCAAGCAGAAAAGGGAUGAGAAUAGAGAAAAAUAUCAAUGGGAGAUUAUUAAUAGAUCCAGUGCCACAUUCUCUGAACUAACAUUAUAAGACCUGUAUGACAAUUAUAAGGAGAAUUACUAAUGACAUCUUGGGAAUGAAAGAGUUAAAGAAUACCAACCAGUUGCAUUUUGUUGCUAUCUAUUAGGUUUUGUCAGAACUUGAAGAAACAGAACUAAAAGAGGAAAGGGAGAGGUUAGCAAGAGACAACAAGAAUGAAGAGGACAAUCAAUUUGCCUUGGAUAUUGUCAGACCAGGUAAUAAAUUUUAAGAUAUUUUUAUACAUGAACCUUUACUUAUGGCCACUUCUCUGGGAUGGUCACCUUAUUUACAAGCACAAUUUCUUUUUCCCCAAGAAAAUACAUGAAGUACACAUAUCCAAAUGUCUGUGAUUGUAAAUCUAACUUUAGUGAUUUAAAAUCAUUUAUCAGCCAUCAUUGAAGAAAUUCAAGCCCUUGAGGAAAAUGCUAAACAAAAGUUAAGAGAUUUAGAAGAGAAACAAGCCAAGAAAGAUCAGGAGAGAGAGUUGUGGUACAAAGAAAGAAGGCAACAAGAUGAGGCACGACGUAAAAGAGAACAAGAAGCUCGUUAUGAGAGACAAUUACAAUUUGAGGCUUCACAGGAGAAGUUACGUAAGGAACAAGAGGUACACUCCGUAAAAACCAUGUUCUCUAGGUUUGUUAGUGACUUGAAGUCUGGAAGCUUGUGCAAACUAACAUAGCAUCUCUAACAUGUGUAAUGCAAAUGACGUGGUAGAUGUCACAUUUUUUUAAUACAGAGCAGGUUUAAUGAUGUUGUGCUUUAUGAUUUGUGUGAAGCAGCUGCCAAAGGUCUGUGUACUCAUAUUAACUUUACUCCACUUAAUAGGUUCUCAAAGCUAAAUUGGAGGCAGAAGCCAGGGAGGAAGAGAAGAAACUUCAAAAAAUGGAGGAGCAGUUCCAGGUAACACUGACAACAUGACUGGCUCAAGAUCUCAUUAGUAUUUCUCCUUACUGUCUGCUAUACAAUUCUUCAGAUGUUAAUUCUGAGAAUUUGGUAUUGGAUCUACUAAUAAUCCCCUAAUUGAUACUUUUCUUGGUUCUCAUCACUUGUCUUCUUGAUUUUUUAUUGAUAAUGUAAGGAGAAAUUCUGUCUUGGUCACUCAUGGGAGUUAAAGGGUUAAUAAGAGUUUUUCUAUGCUCAAUUUUUCUGUAUGUAAACUACACACUACCCACAAUUUUCUUUAACAAAGGGCCAAUAGUAGAAAAGUUAGCUUUGGAAUCUUCCUGUGGGAUAUCAAUACAAUAUCAAUACGAUAUCAAUACAAUAUCAAUACGAUAUCAAUACAAUAUCAAUACAAUAUCAACCAGAUAAGUGAUGAGAAUAAAGAAAAAAAUCAAUUUGGGGAUAAUUAGUUGAUCCAAUACUAAAUUCUCUAAACUAACAUUAUAGGAAUUAUAUGGUUUACAGUAAUGAGAAUUACAAAUUUGAUCUGGGAGUUAAAGGGUUAAGUUAUUGCCAAGAAGUGUUUACAGAGGUUUCAUUUGAUUAAAUUGUAGAUGGAGAUUAGGACAAUAGAGGAAGAGAAAAGGAAACAGAGUGAAGCUUUGGAAGAGACAAAGGUACGAAGAUUGUACUCUAUUUUUGAUACACGAAAAUCUGAGGUGCUGGCCAAUUCACAUUAACAACGCAGUUGAUAUAACAAAUUGUAAUACCCGAAAUGGUUACAUACCCUAAGUCAGCAGGCCAAGAACAGAAUGGGGCAGAAACAAAACAUAUUAUAAAGCAAUCGAUGAUUGAACUUCACUGUCGAGUGAGCUCAAGAGACUGAUGCCAAAAACGAUUUUUAAUCACAUACUGAAACUUUUUCUAUUCAACUAUUUUAACCUCUAGUUAGUAUUUUUAGUCUCAGUUCUUAGUUUUAAACUUAGGCUUGUAGUCUUAGUCCUAGCUUUUUUAAUAUAAUUUAUUUUUUAAAUUUUUAUGCGGACCCUCCUGAAAACCACCUUCAGGUGAUUGGAGGCUUCCUCUCAAAAUAUUAUUAUUAUUAUUAUUAUUAUUUUUAUGAUUAUAAAUUUAUCUUGCAAAACAUGUUAAUCUUAAUGACAAUGUUGAUUGUACUUCCUGCCCACAUUAAAGUUUUGCCUAACUCAAUUUACAGAAAAAGGAGCAAGAAUAUCAACUUAGGAAGAGAGAAGUUGCUGCUACCAAACUACAGAAGUUUUACAAAGGCUUUAGGUAUAAAAUUAUAAUCGUAGCCUUAAGGUUGGAAUUUGUAAAUUGCUUUUCCAAAGAUAUAUAUUCAAAGUGCAUUAAUUAUUAAUUCUAUGAAUCAUUUGUUGAUUAAGAACAAGGAAACAGUUUCAACCAAUACUGGAAGCUAAGAAGUUAGAGAGGAUAAAGAAAAGAAAUGAAGAACUUGACAGCAUUGAAAGGGUAGAGAGAAAGCUGAGAGAGGAAGCUGAGAAAAAGAAACUUGAAGAUGAACAGAGAAGAAGGGAAGAAAAAGAAAAUAGGUUGAGACAAGAAGAAGAAAGAAGGAAACAAGAGGCGGAGGAGAACGAAAGGAAACUGAAAGAAGAGCAGAGAUUAAGAGAGGAGAAGAAAAAAAAGAUGGAAGAAGUGGAAAAAAGAAGAAUUGAGGAAGAGGAGAGGAGGAAAGAAGAAGCCAGGAAAAAGAAAGAGGAAGAAGAAAAGCAGAGAGAAGCAGAGGAGAAACAACAGAGAAUUGAAGAGGGAAAGAAAAGGGAAGAAGAGGAGAAAAGAAAGAGAGAAGAAAUACAAAAGAAAAUUGAAGAAGAGAAACAAAGGAUAGCAGAAGAGAACAAGAGGAAAGAGGAAGAAAGGAAGAAAAAGGAGAUGGAAGAAAAUAUGAGAAAAGAGGAAGAAAGAAAGAAAAGGGAGAUGGAAGAAAAUAUGAGAAAAGAGGAAGAAAGAAAGAGAAGGGAGAUGGAAGAAAAUAUGAGAAAAGAGGACGAAAGAAAGAGAAGGGAGGAAGAGGAAAGACUCAAAGAAGAGCACAGGAGGAAAGUGUUGGAGGAAGAAUUGAAAACUAAAGAGGAGAAAGAGAAAAUGGAAAGAGAGAGGAUUCAAGGAGAUGAAAAACUAAUGCAAGAAGCCAAAGGAUUCUCAGAUCAACAGAAGUCUGAAACACUAUACAAAGAAAUCCCACAAGAGAAAAGGGAAAAGUUAUUGGAGCAGGCUAACACAUCUGGACAAGAAACAAAACUCUCAACAAGAUUGGCAUUAACAAAAGAACUAGAGGCAAGGAGACUGCAGUGGGUAAAAGAACAUACUCCUUGGAGGUAAAUUGAACAUAAUUUCAUAUUUUGCAGCACUGAUGAUGUUUCAGCAUUUAAGAAAGUAUGUUCUUCACAACAAAUGUUUGCAAACCAGCUAAAAAAAGUGAUUAAAAUUACUACUUGUACAAGUAUCAGAUCUAACUUGAAAGGUGCAUGCAUUCUCAAGCUGCUGCAGAAGCAAAAAACAAGUGGCAAAUGUCUUAGCAUGCUCUAAUAUCUUUUGAAUUUUUUCUGUAACUUGCAGUUAUCUUUCCCCUCUCACCUAUUUUGUUGUUUCCUGGUGCUGAUGUUAACUCCUGGAAGUGAUUAACAUGUAACUUCUCUCUAUAAUAUUCAUACUUUAUCCAGCAAAUGGGUGAUGAGAAUACUCAAACUUAUCCAGUUGAAGUUGAUAUCUUGAUCAAAAACCAAAUUAUUGCAACUAAUUUAUGAAGAAAUUUGUAGAGGGGAGAAGGGAGAAUUGACAGUCAGAUCUUGAGAGUUAAAGGGUCAAACAAACAGUGGAAACCACCAGGUAACAUUGUUUGGGGAAGAGGGGAAGAGAGAGGGGAAGGGGGGGAGAGAGAGAGAGGGAAAGAGGGAGAGGGGGAAGAGAGAGGGAAAGGGGGGGGAGAGAGAGGAAAAGGGGGGGGAAGAGAGAGGGGGAGAGAGAGAGAGGGGGGGGGAGAGGGGGGAGAGAGAGGGAAAGGGGAGGGGAGAGAGAGGGAAAGGGGAGAGAGGGAAAGGGGGGAGAGAGGGGGGGGGAGAGAGGCAAGGGGGGAGAGAGAGGGAAAGAAGGGAGGGGGAGAGAUAGAAAGGGGGGACAAGUGUAAGUUUUGGGGAGAGGAGGGCUUUCAAGAAACUUAUUACACAUGAAUUACAAGAUUUCUGUUAAUUAUGUGUGGUGGAGAAUUGUUGACCAUCUUCUAAGGGGAAGGGUGCUAAUUACAUGUACCUUUGCCACUCAUUGACGCAUGCUCAUUCAUAUGUAAAAUGUAUCAGAUGGCAAGUUGCCAACACCUUACUGACUGAAAAUUAGUUUGCAAAGCCACAAACAGAACAUUGUUUUGGUUUUUCUAGCACAGUAUCCACUUCAGAGGGGAGAACUCAUCCUGUAGCUAUGAAGUCAAGACCAAGGUAAUACAUAUUUGUUUUACAGUGAAAUUUGCUGCAAGAGGAAACUCAAAUGUGGCACAUCACAAUAUUUUGUGCUGUGGAGGAAAUUAAAGAAAUUUAGUUUGGAAAAAUAGGAAGAAAUUAAAAUGGGAAAGUUAAACUAGAAGGCACUAGCAUCCCGUUACACUCCACUAUCAGUAAACAUGUUCUCUCUACUGCACUACUGUAACUAUGCUGUGCUUCUGAUGAAGAGAAUUUAUUUAACAAUCUAGAGUUUUCUUAGUUGGCAAUCGUUUCCUUUAUGCUUACGACCCUAAUGUUAAAUUCAGCAACGAAAGGGUAAUCGUGUAUAAUUAGGGAAAAGGAAAGGAUAUUAACAGAUAACAAAUUACUUUCUAAGACAAAAUUUCAAAUUUCAACGAAAAUGACUAAAAAAUACUGUAAUUUUCUUGUUUGAAUUAUAUCUUUAUAGAAGAGCACUUUCUGCUGGCAAACAUCUUCCUGCUUUAACUGAAGAACAGCUUUUGAUGUCAUCUCCUUCCAAUACGUCUCUCCAUAGAGUAAGUAGUUUGCUACUGCUACCAGCCGGUUAACCAGGUAUUUCGUUCAAAAUCGUGAGAAUGUUUUAGGGGAAGCGGAAUAUUAGAUCAAGAUGAAGGGUGGUUAAUUUUUUCCAGGUGAAGUGUAUCGCACUCAACGAACUUCCAAGCUGUAGUAUGCAAGGGCUUAGUCAGUGUCCAGAAGUGAGGUCUUUGUCACUUCAAAACUGCGGAUUGUUGGUAGUUGAAGGUUUAGACAAGUGCAAAGAACUACAAGAACUUCAUUUACAGGUAAGGAACUCCGUGUCAGUUCCCAGCCGUCUUCAUAAUCACACGGCAGCCAAUUGAAGACCAAAAAAAUUAGGUAGUGUGUUUGGUAGUGUGUCGGCCGACGCGUCGGUAGGAUCGGAUUCUUUACCUUACCAAAAAAUUGAUAGUGUUUUGUAAAAAAGCAAAGUACUGUACUAUAUAAAAUAUCCGUUUGAAUUAACUGUAAAAAACAAAGACGCAAUUUAACCUGUAGAGAAAGAUAAAAAAACGUCUGUUUAAAAAAAAAAAUGACUGUCCUAAGAAGCCGCAGAACGAAGUGCGUCUCUCAGCCAGUACACCUUUCGCACAUGAUGCCCAAACCUUAGACAUCAGUAUUGCAUUUAGUCGUCAUGGUUACAUUAAACACAUUGUGUGCAAUAAUUCCACCAACGAAUCAACCCACAGACUCCCAAAAUUAAGAUACUGGUUACACAGAAAGUGAUAAGUCAGCUUUCUGCUCCCACUUUCAUUUCAGGGUAACAACAUUGAAGCAAUCAACAUUAAAGAUCUUCCUAAGCUGGAAGACAUAUCUCUUGCCAACAACAACUUGUCCUCUGUCCAUGGAUUAGAAGGAAUUGGUUCCAUUAUGUCUUUGGACUUGAGCAAUAACAAGAUUACCAGAAUAGGUAAAAAGAAAGAAAGAAAUAGAACCAUUUAUGUUAUGAUUAUUAAUGGCGCGUACACUGUAUACGCUGAAUACUGUUCAAAGGAAAGGUAUCUGCAUAUCGUUAGACGCGAUAUCCUUUUUUCGUGACCUGAGUCUCAUUUCGCACCAGCGGCCGUCAAAAUUUGAUGUGAAAUUUUGCAAAGCAAAUUAAAGUUUGUUCACAGACCUUUGUUUUAGAUCAUAACUCUUUGCGCGUGCGAAUCAAGAAGCGCAGAAAAUUAAACAAACGCGAACGCCAGGAAUGUUGCUUUCAUGUUUCCGCUCGUUCUCGCGCGGUGGCUCGCUUUUCUCCCUCCUCGAGCGACAGUAAAGGAAAGAAGGGCCUUGGACAAACCACGAAAAGUGAAGAAGAAACUGUUUCUUACUCCUUAUGUAUUUCAUCCUUAAUGAUUUAGUUAUUUCAUGAGAAAUGGGUCGUGACUUGCGAGAAACGAAACUCGUUCUACGAGAAACGGGAAAAGAGGUGUUGCGCUACCGUUGAGAAGUACUAGAAUUGCAGAAGAUCUUCUUGACACUCUGGAUCAGGUUCUUUGGCGUACAAUUGCUAUUUCUUUUCGGUUAACUGCUUGUGAAUUAGCAAUACGUCUACGAUCUUCCUUCGACCAUUCAAUUGCUGAUUUGGAACUGUAACCUCAGUUGACUGCUCACCGUUAUGUUAACGAUUGUAACUGAUCGAUAUCCUUGCACGAAGGACUCUUGGCUUGUUUUGACGGUUUUUGUUGUUUCGGUACGAAUGUUUCGUUUAAGAAAUAACCGUCUUCUGUCCACCAACAUAGUGCCGUUUCUUUCUUGUGCAGGAGAUCUAGCAUCCUGCAGGAGGCUUCAGAAACUACUCAUGGAUAACAAUCAACUCAUAAACACCAAGGUAAUGUGAAACGGAUGAUGUCGUGAUGCUGGAUGCUUCGCGAAUGGAACUUCUGCAAUAUUCAAAUUGGGCCACGACCUUGAAAGAAGGUUCUCUUUGGGCAAAAAAUGAUAAAAGACCGAUUGGUAGACCAUAUUCUCUCAGUAGUACUGUAGAGUCAAUAACUGAGCUUUUUUUUCUCGACAGGGUUUGUCUUGUCUCUCAAGACUUCAGCACUUAAGUCUGGCUCACAAUCACUUGGCUCGUGUCAAUGAGAUUGACAACUGUCUGCUGCUUCAAACGUUGAAUCUUCGAGCAAAUAAUUUACUAGAAGUGAGUAGAUUACAUCUUUCAAAAUGUGCACGUUGAUAACCUGAUUUUUUCAUGUGAUAAUUAUUUUGAAGAGACUUCUUUUUAUUCAUCACAGCCUCCUCGUGUUGUAAACAGUGUUCUCUUGAGAGAGCUUAGACUUGAUGAUAACAGCAUCUCUUCCUUAGAUGCCCUGUCGACUGCAUGGCUACCCUUGCUUCAGAUUCUCAGUGUGAGCCAAAACAGGUGAGAAACAAAAAGACCAUAAGGAUACCUAUUAUACAAGGUGCAGGGUUCUGAAUGCUUCUUGUAAUUCCUCAUUAUGUUGUCCAACCCGCUCGCCCCUCAGAAUGGAGGUCUUUUCGAUUGAGUGUCGCAAAACCAGAACCAAAGAAAUCAUGACGGAGAGUAAGAGCAAAUUUCAAUUGAGUGUGGAAAGUAAUCCAUGGUUGGAUUGGUUUUGCCUCACUACGGUCUUUGACUGAUCUAGAAAAUUCGCGCCAAUCUCUCAACCAAUCAAAUGCAAAACUAAAAUCGAUCGCGACGUGGUAACCCGCGUUUUCCCGCGCUACAGGGAGUUUGCGUGUUUGUUUUGUUCUGAUCGGCCGUUGUGAUCACUUGGGUUUUUUCCUCCGGGUCCUUCGACUUUCCUCCCUCCAAAAAACUGUUGACACUUAUUUGUAACUUUCUCCGCUAGGAUCAUGUAUUAGGUUUCAGGUUCCCAUCUUCACUCCUGUUUUACUAAAGGACACCUUUGAGUGGCAACACCGUACAAGAACCCCAAUAACGUCUCACCGUUGAUUUAAGUCGAGACUCCAGAACUCGAAGCACUUUCUGAAGAUAGUUUCGAGUGAUCGCUCAUAGCACCUGUACAAGCUCGUAGUUGUAUUUUUAUUCAGUCACACAGUUGUCUUCGUAAUUUACUGAGGUUUUCAUCGAUAUUUCGUGUUUGUUUGUAGCAUAUCUCGGUUGGCGCCUCUCGGUAAUUUGAUCACGAUGAAGUUUUUGGAUAUCAGCAACAACCUAAUAUCAGGUAUGAACAUUGCAACCCAACUUGUUUGAUUUGGCUCGCACUUUUAGUGGCUUCUAACAAUGAGAGGCGGCUGCAUUCGAAAAAUACGUUUGUUUCGAAGACUUGCUGUUUUUAACUGUUGCUAUUUUGUAUUUUCCAAACAGGACAUUAAGGAUUUUUUCAAUUGUGCAUGAAAAGAAAAAUUUAGCCAAGGUGGUCGUGCGCAAUCCAUGUUCAAUUUUAACAUCCUCGUUUAUUUCCAUUUUAAUCUCCCCUCCUUAAUGUUUUAAUUUUUUCUUGCAAAACUGAUAUUUUGACAGUGAAUUGGUACCCAGGAGAAAACGUCUCAAAACAUUUUGACGCGUGUGUACUCUAGUAAUUUUUUCAGAGGCCUCUAUUUAGGAGAAACUAGCGCGGGUCUGGUGGAUAUCGACUUCUGGAAGUUUUCACUGUGUUUCUGUUUCCAUCUUUAUCUGAAGUGAUUCACCACACACCUAUUUAUUAUAAACAUUUCUUACAGACACUGACAGUCUUCUCCACGGGUUACAAAACUGCCACAGAAUUAGAACAUUAAAGGCUGCAGAAAAUCCUGUUUAUGAAGAUCCUAACUGCAGGUAUUUUGUUCUACAUUCAUACUCUUGGUGUUUGCGAACAUAAAUUGUUGUAGCUGACACUGACUGAGAUAUCACAUCAUCUUCACAGAGCCUUGAUACUGGAAUACCUGCCAAACCUAUUGAGUUUGGACGACGAGAUUACGCACCAGAAAAGCAGAGUAAGAAAAAUUCUAAACAAACUGAAGAAUUUCCACAGCUUUGAUAGAUCUUUUCAUUGAAGAAUGAUUUCUUACGUUGUCUCACUGGCCUACAAUUGGCGUUUUCUCUCAUCGCAGGUUUCAGCUGAGAAUCAAGCUGUGUUCCUUGAAAUGUGUCAGAACCAACUCCAUUCUCAGGAUAAUUUAAAGGCCAAGCAAGAAAAAGAACUCGGGUAGGCUUUGAAACAAAACGUGCAGUGUACGGUGAAGCCACGACGUAACAAAUGGUUCAGGGUUAUUGCGUUACUCGCCUGUGUGCCUUUGUUUUUUAGACUGGUUUUGUUUUAGCCAUAGUAACAAGAUUUAAAAUCAGACGUUUUGACUGGACUGCUUGCUUGUAUUCAGGGAAUUUUUUACCGUAAAUGUAAAUAAUGUAGUAGUCACCAGGUAUCAAUAUGUAUACAUUUUUAUCCAACAGUGAGAUUACGGACGCAAGAAACCCAGAAAGUGUUGUAAGAAGACUACGCUUAAAGGUAAGACAGAUUUUUUUAACUAUCUACUGUUCUGCAAUGUGAAAGUGAAUUUCUUUGAGGAAAGAUAAAUGAGAAGGUCGAGAAGUGGUAUUUUAUUUCUUUACUUAUAAUGUUUAGUUCUCCAUUUGUCGUUGUUGUCGUAGUUGUUGUUGUCGUGGUUGUUGUUAUCGUUUAUAAUAAUGAUAGUUUUUUGUUUUCUAUGAAUGUCAGAGUCAACACAACCAGGAAAGAUUUGAAUUGGCGGUAAGACACCUGCUUGAACACGAAAAUUUCAGUUCAGAAAACGCAAGUUGUGUAGACAAGGAAGAGAAAACUUUGGACGGCGACAGAAACCGAGAAGGGAAGGCACAGUUGCACCAUCCACAGCUGCACCAGCCGAGUGCAAGGAAUGAAAAGGAAGGAAAAACUAAACAGUCAAUAGAUCUUCUGUAAGUUUAACAAUAAAGUUAAUAUCUGAAUUUAGAGUCACUGCGAAAUUUCACAAUCCAUUGCACUAAAUACUUGUAUGGAGCGGAUAAUUUAGCUUGAAAUUGUGACUCCGCCUUUAUUUCGUAUUGCGCGGGUUUUAGGGCAUUGCGCCCAACUUGACGAAACGAUAAUUUUGAUGAACGACAAAUCUGACAGAACGUGAAUUCUGAGCAGCAUCGGAUUUUAUGCGACGACUAUUUUCGCGCGGUUCCUUUUGUUGGAGUGGCACUCAACUUAUGCGUCACGUGAUAUCGCAUCACGCUGCGCUGCGCGUAAAAUUGUGCACACUUUCAUCUUGAUUUUCCUUCGAUUUUUGUCGCUGUUUACACCAGCAGAUCAGUGAGAACUUAUCUGUUUAAAUAGGGCACAACAACAUGUGGCUGCUACUAAGAUCCAGGCGCUUUGGAGGGGAUGGCACAUCAGGCAUUUGAUUGAUGUCAACACCACUAAAGUAAGUUCAUUGUUCUACUGAUAAUAAAGCAAACAAUUUAACCGUUUGGUAACCCUUUCACUCUCAAAAUCUCAUUAGCACUUCUCCUUAAUGUCUGGCAUACAAUUCCCACGAUGGCAGUUCGGAGAAUUUGGUAUUGGAUCAACCAUCAAUUCCCUAAUUGAUAUUUUUCUUCAUUCUCAUCACUUGAUAUUUUGAUAUUUUAAAUAGAAAUUUUGUCAUGCUCACUCAUGAGUUUAAGGGUUAAAGCCAGCGGUUUGGCUGUGAAAAAGUGCUUCACAGCUUUCGUCUUUUGCUCGUGGUGGCUUACGGUACGAUCAUGGUUUAUUGUAGGUGCUUGUAAGAACCGAGAGGCUAUUGAUUGGAUAACUAAAUUCGAACCUUUUCGAGUUUCUGCAAAAACACCUCAGAAGAGUUGAUUAGAUAAUGAAGUCGGAACCUUUAGUUUACAAAAAUACCAAGGAUAGAUUUGAUUGGACAGCAAGUCCAAACCUAUUAGAAUGAUAGCGAAGGUGCCCUUAGUGAGAAUUUUCGAUGUGAGAACUAGUUCGGAUAUUUCUAGAAAGAUUUCUCAUCCAAAGGAAAAUGUAAGACGAAACACUUCUUCCUUCUCUUCACUUAACAGUCAAACAUGAUUGAUAGUUUUGUCUUUAUUCACAGUGGCUCGCAGCUGUGACCAUUCAGUCAGCCUGGCGGGGCUACCUGGUUCGCUCACAACUCAAGAAACAACCCAAGGAACCAUGGGAUCCGAAAAGAAAUUCUGCAGCCACCAUAAUUCAGGUGAAGACAGCAUCACGAGUGAUUCCUUUUACUGGUAUUAAUUUCAAGAUUGGAAAUGGACGAACCAUCAAAAGCAAUCCGAGAUCGCAUUCAUUUUUCUUUGCCUCGUGCUGUGAUUAGUCCAGAAAUUCGCUUCUCUUUCGACAAAUCAAAUGCGAAACCAAAGGGAGUCGGCCUCAGGUCACUCGCCCUUUCCUGCCUAUCAUGAAGUUUGCAUGUUUUUUUGCUUUAAAUUCUCAUCGUCUACUUUUGUUAUUUUCCUAUCUCAUGGCUGGCCGUCGCAAUGACAACCUUGGUGUUUGGUUUUACGGCACUCGUCUGAAAUGCGCAUUAAUAAGGAUGGUUCUGGUUAUAAAACAUGCUGCCAAAGGCUUUCUUCCAAAAGAAAAAAUAUUGGUGGUCGUGAAUUUCCUCAGAGUCCCCGCCAUGAUAACUCUUGUUUACCGAAAGACCAAAUUAUUCCUCUUUCUCAUUCAGGCGCAUUUCCGUGGUCAGCGGGUUCGUCGCCGGCUUAAUGAAGCUCUGAGGGCCGCUCAAUUUUAUGACGAUGAAGAAGAGGAAGAGUUUGAUUAUGAUGAAGAAGUGGAUCUUACGGCUUUCGAUUUUGACGAAAACGUUUUAGAACUAGGAUGGACACCGAGUGAAACUCCACAGCUUCCGUCCAGGUCUGUUUGGUUACACGAGGAAAGCUCAUAUGUUUGUUUCUCAGCUGUGACUUGGCUUACCGUUCUACCGUUGGUUUAGAACUGUUGAAUUAUGGGUAGCGGGUUGAUUGGCAAAGUAACAACUUCUAAUCAAUGGCUGUUUUUUUCGAUUGUUUUUAGAAUCGAAUACAAAUUGCUUUUGUUGGUUCUUUCGAUUAUCCAUGUCUUUGUGGUAGUUUUCCUGGCUGUUUCCCCCUGUAAAAAACCACGCGUACUAUCCGUGAACCCUUUACACUCUAACAUCAGUAUGCAUAUUCUCCUUAGUGUUCUCUGUACAUUCCCCAAGUUGCUGAUAAGAAGAGUUUGUUUAACAGUUGGUGAUCAUUUCCUUUAUUCUCAUGACCAUAAUGUAUGAUUCAGGCGUGAUGUUGUAAGGAGAAAAUAGAUGUUAGUCACUCUUAGGGAUCAAAGGGUUCAUGGCAAAGUUCUUCGAAAACGAGAAAUCUACCACCGUUGGAACGGGUAUAGAGCUUAACUUUGUUAAUUUUUUUUACCCUCUUACCUGUAAAGCGAAACCAUUUUCUUUGAGAUUUUGGCUCAGGAGCUGGCAAUAAGUCUUCUCUAAACGUCACUUCACACUUGUUAAGGAAAACCCAAUGUGUAAUUUAAAAAACAUUAAGCGAACAAAUUUUAAAGGUGUAGAAAAGCCGAAUUCAUUGUUACUAACUUGAAGUGCUCUGAUUUGUGUUCAAGGGGACCAGUGUUAAAAUCACCUGGGAAACCAAUUAAGGUAUGAGUGAGAUGCCAUCAUUGCUAAUCAUCGUCUUCAAUCUUUAACGACCAGAGUUUGUAAUCCACGAAGUUGUGGUUCUUAUCAGAACUUUUGUACAAUUUCCUCAUAGUUUUGUUAUGUGUUCUACAACUGGAGAUGUUGCCAAGCUCCUCAUAUCAAACGCCGUGGAAUAAAUUAUUUGAAUAAAAAAUGCAGAUCAAUUAAAAUUGGAGAAUAAAUUUGAGGCCAAAGAAACGGCUUCUAGUUUUUUACUGAGAUGGAAUUCUGGGGAAAAUACGAGAUAGUGGAAAAUAAGUAUGUUAUCACAUUCUUACCUCGUAUCUUUAUCCUUUGAUAAUUUUAGUAAACGUGGUAAUCAUGUCCACAAUCCUUGUUCAUUUUUAGACAUAUCUCGAAAAGAAUUCCAGAGCUGCCUUCCAACCAGAACCCACGGCACCAAAACCUCGUCACGCCUGGCGUUCAGUAGACUCACCCAUUACCGAUGUCAAUCAACUGCCUGUUGGCAAGGCAACCAUAGAUCAUGACCAAAUGUCAAUGACUUCUGGCUUGCAAAGUCAUCUGUCACAUCGUGCAGAAGAACUGAGCAGCGAGUGGUAAGGAUGUAAUUGAUGUUUUAAGACAGGGUUGCCCUCUUUCAUUCUGUUUUUUAUUCAGGUCAGAAAGCCUUGAAAGCUUAACUGAAAAUAAGUUCUCAGUUCAGGUGAUGAAUUUUCCUUCUGCUUUUGACGCAUGUAUACACGUGCUAAGAUCCAUUUAUCGUCUCCGAUUAGCUUACAAUUGUGUUUGAAAUAAGUGCGCCAAUCAAAGUCUUGCACGGAGGGGUUAUGCUUGAAUUUCUGUUGGUUCAAGGCAUGCUCCACCUUAUUGUGGCCUUUGUAAACCUUAAUAACGCCCAUGUUAUGAACACCUAGCAUUAUUACCACUAUUACAUUUAGGGGUUUCAAGAGUUCCGAGACAGCUGAACUGAUGAUGAGAAGAGCGAAAAAGAUGAAAUAUAAUCCCGCCAGAAGGAAAAAGCUGCUUGGUAGGUUUUAAUGUCAAAUUUAUUCAGAGAAGAGAAAGGUUUAGCCCGCCACUACGUCUGAGGCGGUUUGUGUAGCUUUUCCUUGACAUACCUUUUAAACAUUACGUUUUUCUACAGGAGAUUCUCCUCCUGCAGUAUGGACGCCAUUUUUGCGUUUUUCAGAAGAGCGGGGUUAAGAGGGAGAUAAGCGCGGGGGCGCGCGGGGGCGCGCGAGGGCGCGCGAGGGCGUGACUCGUGCAAUUGGAGUGGCUCGAAAAGGAUGACACUUCUCUUCGUGCACGUGACUCACUCCUCGCGUUCGCCACGAGCCUGCCUGCGUACGUCCGACAAACGCAAAAAUAAGCUUUUCCUGUGAGCCAAGUGCUAAAUAGAUAAAUUAUAGUGUGCACUGGAAGUUUAGUUUUGCAAAAAAGUUGUGAAACAUUGGUUACAAUUGAGGGGCAAAGAAGAUGUGGAUCCCUCAUUACCCAGUAGGAUUCAGACCUCACCCAGGUCCGAUCUUGAGCUCGAAUAGUUUAUUUAUUCAUUGAUUAAUUUAGUUUUUUUUUCUAUUUUCAUGAGAUCCCAAUAAACGUCUGGCUUUAUUCAAGAAGCUGGAAGAAACCAAUAAGUUACAGGAGGUGAAACCACCGCCUACUAGAAGGCAACCGCCAAAUAGAGUGGAAUAUUUUGCGGGUGAGGGUUGUUACUUAAAAAGCUAAACUGAUUAUUUUGGCGACGAAAAAUUCGGAUUUUGCUUUUAGCUGCAACAUUCAUGUGUGGAAAUAGGUUUGCUUGAUAAGAGACAAGAAGUAGCUGUUUCUUUUCUUUUCGUUUUGAUUUGUUUAUGGUCUGUGGUUAGGUAAACACAGCGGUCAAACGUCGGAAAUGCUAGGAGGGAUCAAUUUUAGCCGCCUGCGCGCCAAUUUUCCGCCCAAAAUUUCCAAGGAAAGCACGAGACUACCGCUGUCACGCAAAAUAUGCAAAAGAAAUAGAAAUCUGCAUAAGAAAACGAAAGUUGGGAAAAGGAAAACUCGAACCUUAGUGUAGUUUUUAACUAUUAUUACAAUUAUCCUGUUUAUUUACAAUUUUGUCAGCUUGAGCUUUAUCAAAAAGAUAUACUCUUUUAAAACAGCGCGACUUUGAGGUUUGUUUGUCCAUUUAAAACUCCAGUGAAGCUUCUUGGUUCUGACAGCCUCAAAGCGCGCCACCUUGGCCUUGAAAAGUUCGCACUUGCCCAGACGUUUGAUCGCUGUCUUGGUGAAGUAAGGCCAGAGAACGGCUGGCAGUUUCGCCUGUUGAUCAAACACACCGCCAAAGGAAAAUUCAACAAUCAGAAUAAUAAAAUUUGUAACAGGUGAUGUAGCGCAGGAAGAUGAUUAACGAGGACCAGGUGUUUGAAGAUCUCUGGUAUCAAAUUUUCACAGAGUUCAACAAAGAUAUAGAGUUGAUAAAGAGUUGCGGUAACCGUCUAAUGCCAUUUUAAACCUAUUACUUUUGUGCUUUUCGAUUUCCUGUUCUCUUCAGCGCGUGAAGCUAUGGCUAGUCAUCUGAAUUCUACAUCGCCGACUACUGAAAAGCAAAAUAGAGAGAAAAUGACUUACAGGUAAGCAUUUAUAUUUACUAAUCUUGAACCUUUGCUGUAGAUGGUUCUGCUUUGUUUUUGUUUUUAUCAAGUAAUUACAUUUAAAAUUCUCAUAAAUCUGCGCAAAGAUCAUGGGGUUACGGAAAAUUACCAAUUAAUGAUACAGCGCAUUUAGGAACACGAAGGUAAUAAGAUUAAAGGAAGUUUUCUCCGUGAUGGGACAACACCGUGCCUUACACUAACCUUUCUACUACCGUAGAGACUACAACGAGUGGCGAAAGUCCUGGCACAUACUUCUGCUAUUGAAUUUUUUCUAUAGCUUUCAUUUAUCUCCUCCUUCUUCGAUUUAAAUGUUGCCUGUUGUCAACGAAAUCGUCGCUCAUUUCGUGCAACAAUGAUUGGGUGAAAAGGGGCGCUUUCAAGUAACUUAUCACUGAUGAAUUACAAGAUUUCUGUUUAUUAUAUUAAGCGGAGGUGUUUAGACCGGCCACGUAUUAGUGGGAUGCGUUCCAACUACUUUUGUCACUUAUUGUUGUUACGCUUCAUCUUGAAACUUCGCUUCUCUGCUCUACCUCGUGAAUUUACCUUGUCCCGUUGUGUCAUUUGAAAUGAUUCUUAUUCUUAGUUUUUAACACUCCUUAUAUUUUUGUGCGGCUUCUAGUUGGGUUUACAGGCAGGCCGUUGUUCACGAAGACGAAGAGAAAAAUAUCAUGGCCGACAGAAAGGAAUACUCUCCUGACAAUAGAGCUAAGAAAACCUCGCCACAAAAGUAAUGAACCAUGUUUUAGAAACCUAUACAGUGCGAAAUCGGAGUGUUCUUUAUAUAGCUUCAUAACGCUUUAAAAACGGCGGGAUAUGCAUCUUUGUACCUGUGGGACACAGGAGCUCUGCACGUAACAAAAUGUAAUCAAGAACCCUUAAGUUACAAAUUUGUUCCUUAAUGAAAGGUUUAAGUGCAUCUUCACUAAAAAAAUAAAAAAAAAUAAAAAACGGGUUUUUUUUGGUUGACAUGCAUAAGGACUUGAAAUUAUUCAUCGUUACAGGUUCAGAAGACGGAAAGUCCGAGUCUGACAUUUCCGCUUUGCCCGCUCUUAAUCUGUAGGGAGUGUAGAGUUUCGUGAUCUACUAAUGGUUGGCUGUUUUAUUCAUUGUUUGAUGCAAAAUUCAGUCCUAGAAGUCAACCAGCUCCGAUAACGUUCUAGACUUUUGAAAUGAAGACAAAAAUAAUAGUUCUGUCCCCGGCUAACUCGUGUAAUUUUUUUCCUCGUGCAACCGGCAUUACUUCUCAGAAGUAAUGUUAUCUGUUAUUUUUCUUCACUAGAAACAAUCGCUCCUCUAUCAAUCUCCCCCACAUGGAUCCCGUGGUUCUCUCUGGACGUACCCUCCCUCUGAUAGUAAGUUAUGUCUAUCAUUUUCGAAUAUAGUGUUGAGGAAGGAUCAAUUUGUUUAGCUAGUGACACUCUAUGAUUUUGCGGCCUCCAUCACUUGAGACUGAUUUUAGUUUGGGCUAAGUUCUUUCCGCUUUUUUUUCGCAGUCCAGUCCACACUUUUCGCAAUCCCUGGAACAAUCGUCACCCGAAGGGCUCUCUCCGAGGAGGAAUUCAUUUUCCUCAGGUUAGCAUUCAGUAAUUCAGAAGGAUUGGUGAGAUUUGAUAAAGAGGAAUUUGUCUCUUUGGAUCGCUUGAUCUCGGGAACACGAGUAGCAGGGUCACGGUUUUUGUAAUGAUUUAUUUUAUGUGAUGAAAAAUGUCCUUGAAUAACAUAAAAAUUUGGAAAAUCUUACCCUUGAAUUGAAAAAUACCAACGAGGAGAGUGGCGCAAAAUGAGAAUAGGAUCGUUUAAGAUAACGCUGAGUGAGUUAGAUUUGCUUUCCUUGAAGCCGGUGUUGUAAGGACUGUUCAUUCCUUAUCUAGAGGGUCACGUGCGUUUUCCCGCCAUCAAAACUCAUUCCGUGCCCAACCUCCUAGCCAGGUCCUCGGCCAGUGGAGAACAACCAUUGACAACAGAGAAAAGCAACAGUGCUGGAGCGCGAAUCAACAGAGAAUCUAAAAACAAGAGAUGAUGGUAGUAAUCGUGCAGUGAGAUCCCGUGGUUUACACCUGCACUGCGACUGCCUUUUUUGGACAGUGUUCAGCAUCUUUGUUGAGAUUCUAUAAACUAUUUCCGAGCCUAUGGGGGAGGAGAGACUCUGAGACGUCAGAGCAUC